UCUCCUUUUUUCCUCCUUGUGUAGUUAGGAUUCCACUUAGAAUCCACUGUCUUUCUCACCCCAAAAUCUCUCCUUUACCCUAAACACAAAUCUUCAUUUCAUUUCUCUACAUAAACCUCCUCUUCUUUGAGUAGUCUCCAGCCCCCACAUCACUUUUCUCUCUUUUACCUCCCUUUUUGUUGUUCUUGAAAAGAUACAUUGAGGGGUUUUUUGGUUUUGGUUUAAUGGAUGAGAAUAGAGACCUUUUAUGUACAGAAACAGAAAGUUUUGAUUUUGAUGAUCUUGAUUCUUUGACUAUAGGUCAAAAGAAGAAUGAAAUUAAUAAUAAAGAUUUGAUCUUUGGCAAAAAUGGUAGUAGAUCAGAGGUUUUGAUUGAUUUGCCAAAGAUAAGUGAAGAAAGCUUUAGCUUUAUGGUGAAAAGGGAAAUUGAUUUUUUGCCUAAAGAUGAUUAUUUGAAGAGAUUGAGGAGUGGGGACUUGGAUUUGAGUGUGAGAAGAGAGGCUAUUGAUUGGAUUUGGAAGGCUUGUAUGCACUUUGGAUAUGGGAAGCUGAAUUUUUGUUUGUCGAUUAAUUACUUGGAUCGGUUUCUGUCUCUAUAUGAAUUGCCUAGAGGUAAAACUUGGGCAGUUCAAUUGUUAGCUGUGGCCUGCCUAUCAAUUGCAGCCAAAAUGGAAGAGAUUCAUGUUCCUUUGAUUGUUGAUUUGCAGGUUGGGAAUCCUAAGUUUGUUUUUGAAGGCAAAACUAUACAAAGAAUGGAACUUUUGGUACUAACCACGUUGAAGUGGAGAAUGCUAGCUUAUACACCUUGCACAUUCAUUGAAUAUUUUCUAAGAAAGAUGAAUGACGAUCAAAUCCCAUCGGAGCGUUUGAUUUCUAAAGCAAUGCAAUUGAUCUUAAGCUCCAUAAGAGGCAUUGAUUUCUUGGAAUUCAGGUCUUCUGAAAUUGCAGCAGCAGUGGCAAUAUCUGUUUCAAAGGAAAUGCAAGCUAAUGACAUUGAUAAGGCAAUGCCUUCUUUCAUACAUGAACAAAAGGGGAGAGUGAUGAAGUGUCUUGAACUGAUUCAAGAUUUGACAUUGGUUAGUGGGACUAUGACCACUGCUACAACUAUUAGUACUACUGCCUCAGUACCUAAAAGUCCCAAUGGAGUGUUAGAAGCUGCAUGUCUGAGCUACAAAAGUGAUGAGAGCAUAGUUGGAUCACAAACAAGUUCAGAAAAUAAAAGGAGGAAACUUGACACAUCUUUAGAGGAGGGGACUUGACAAAAGUUAUGAAUCUUGAAAUUCCACCCCCACCCCCUUACCCCCCACACCCUCCAAACAAUUUUGGCUAAAUGGGAGAAUUUGUGUGGCUAUGCAAAAAAAUAAGAUCUUUGAAGACAAAAGACAAGGAAGGAUUGUCACAAGAUGUUAAUAACAAUUUUGAAAUGUCAAACAACAAUAGUAGUAGUAGUAGUAAUAGGAGGUUGUGGAGGGGCAAAGAUGGAAUUUUGAGAAGGGCUAUCUAUUAAAUACUUUAAAUACUUUUUGCUCUUAUGCCUUUUUUGGGUUACUAUUGUAAUUUCAAAUAAAGACGUAUACAAUGGAAAAAAAAGUAAGGAAUAAAAGGUAGUUGGAGGCCAA